UGCUGCUAUCUCCGAGACUUAUAGUUCACAAAAAAAUAACUCUUGCACGCCUUGCGUGCCUAUGUUUUUGUGUUGCCUUCCCAAAGAGGUAGUAUGUGUUGGCCUUUGCUUUGCCCUAUGGGGUGGGGAAUUAGUAUAUUUUAGUCCUUUGCCUUGUUGCCUUGUCCGUUGCCAAUCAGGACACUACCUCAAGCUGCUAGAAGCCUGGAAGUACAUUCAAGAGAAUGGAAACACAAAAGUCCAAGCAGAAGCCCCUUCCGUGGUUAUUCAAAAUGCAUUUAAUCAGGCUGUAAAAUCUGGAAAUGACACUAGGAGAUACAGAGCAAAUAGAGCACCUAGCAAAGAAGACAAAUCUGGUAGUAAAGGAAACUGCUAUGUGGUUAAAGCACCUGGAUGGCAUCAGAAAAAGAAGAGUGCAAGGAGCAAAAAAGGCAGCAGCAACAAGAGUAGCAAACAAUGUUCCAGUUGUGGAGAUACAGACUGCAGAAGAUUACAGUACUAAUGGAUCAUCUUCAUUUUGUGAUGGUGAGUUUAUAUUUGCAGUUAAACUUCAAUCCUUAAUGUGUGACCUAUUCUUUUGCUAGCCAGUACUGAAGACUUAAGAGUGUUUAGGUUCACUAAAUUGGGCUCGAAAAGAAACCAUCGUGGUAACAAAGUGCCCUGUUUCCUAAUUCAUUUUAUAGAAUCCAGAUGAUGAUUUAGGAGAUGACAUUCUCUGUCCCUGUGGACAACCAAAUCCUGAGGAAAACAUGAUAGGACACAACAGUUUGCAUUGCAGUGGGAAGCUGUACUAUUUUUCGUGUGCAGGGAUUGAUCUAAAGAAUGUGCCAGAAGGAUAAUGGCUGUGCAUUUCCUGCCGGAAAAGUUGAAGACAUAACGAACUACUUUAUGUCCUUUUAUGGUAUCCUGAAUGAAGCUAGAAAAUUUGGCACUUGUUCCAUGUGAAAAUGUGUUGUCCAAACGUUGAAGUAUUCAAAAAUAAAUGUCAAUCACACUUCUGAAAGUAAUAAUGUGGGUGUAGACAAGGAGUUUCUUCGUCCCCUGUAUGUAGGGCAUUAUCCUUCUUUGGCUUUGCUCUGUGGCUAAUGCCCCAUGUUUCCCCGGGGUGGGGGUUUAAUGUGACAGGCGCAUAAUUGUUUUAAAUAUAUGACGUUGUGUCAGCCUUGCAGUAGUCUUUGACUUAUUAUCGUUUUACUUUUCAAGUUUGGCUGAUUAGAUCUCCUGUGAGAUCCAACGUUCAAUCAAGCAGGACCUUCAUUCACAGCUUUGCAGUUUAUAGCACUGAAGUUUUUCAUGUUGAGUAGUCCACGUUCAACCGACAUCGAGUUAAGUUUAGAUUAAAGUUGUGCUCUCUAUACUUGUCUUGUUUAUUUUAGUCGAUUGAUCUGAAC